UGGUGCAUAAUCAAUAACACUAAAAUAAAUUUAAAUCAAAUUUACGUACAUACAUAUGUACAUACAUUGAAGUGCUAAUGCAUACAUUAAUGCAGUACUCAAGAUUAUUUGCAUUGAUAACGGCACAACCGACAGUUGCAUCACAUUAGUCCAACGCCUCUAACUUGCAGCGUGUAAAAUGGUGUUGCUUAGUUUUUCAAAGGCCGUCUAGCGUAUAACUGCGAAAGAUAUACCAAAAAAUACAUACAAACAUCCGCAUACAAACAUUAUGCCAGUGCUUAAGUGGGGUAUCGCCGCAGCGACUCGCAUAACGCACGACUUCGUCAACGCCUUGUCCACCAUCGAGGACAGCCAGCAUACCGUGCUGGCUGUGGCUGAUGUGGAAAUGGCACGUGCUCGCGAUUUCGCCGAACGUCACGAAAUACCAAAGUGCUAUGACGGCUUCGACGCUUUGUCACUGGACGCGGACGUCGAUGUGGUCUUCGUGGGCACAUUGAAUGCCUAUCGCUAUCGUGUGGUGCGCCUAAUGUUGGAGCGCGCCAAGCAUGUGUUGUGUGAGAAACCGUUGUGUUUGAGUGUGCCACAAGCCGAAGAGCUCUACCGGGUGGCAAAGGAGCGCAAUGUGUUCCUGAUGGAAGGCAUGUGGUCGCGCUGCUUUCCCAGCUAUGCACGCCUCCAUGAACUGCUGCAGUCCGACUCUGUUGGCGAGAUAACACACAUACAAGUGCAGCACGGCUGUCCAGCGUAUGUGGAGCGCUCACUGGGCAGCUCCAUCACGCUGGAACUUGGCUUGUAUGCGCUGCAAUUGGCACAACUCAUCUACGGCUGUGCGCCGCUGCAUGUUAAGUGUAAUGCUCAGAUGAAUAAUGUUGGUGUCGAUGUGGAAUGUGAAUUCAUUUUGGAUUAUGGUCAGAAUCGCAAAUUGGCUGCAUUCAUUUCGGGUUUGGAGAACUUGGAAAACUGCGCCAAGUUAUUGGGCAGCAAGGGUGAAAUAAAGCUCAAUAACUACUGGUGCUGCACAUCGUUAACGAAACCGAAUAAUGUCAACGAAACUUGGCCAUUGCCCACCGCAAAAUAUGAAUUUAACCACACAAACGCCUGUGGCCUGCGCUAUGAGGCCGAAGAAGUGCGCAGAUGCAUAGAGAAACGCCUACUCGAAUGUCCAUUAUUUACGCAUGCGCAAAGUCUCGAGUUGCUACAAAUCGCCGAGCAGAUGCGCAGACAAAUUGGUGUUAACUAUGACGAUAUUGUUUGUUUGAGUUUCUUUUUUCUCAGUGCCAGUGCACUCGUUCUGUGUUUCUGUGAGCAUUGAUGCUAGAGCCGCGAUUAGCCAACAAUUCUUCGAGCGUGCUCCACCUUGAUUUCAGCUGAAAGCUGCUCGCUGCUUUGGUUUCUGGGAUCAAAUGGCAGGGAAACCGCCAUUUGGACGCUGAAAACUAACCAACGACGCUAACAUGAAAUCCAGAAGUAGUUGCGGAGAAGAUUGAGACUUUUUUUCGCUCUUGCGACUGCCAGGGGAUUUCUCAAUUAAAAUUCAAAUUGAUGCAAACAAGUGGCCAAGCCCAACUUGCAACUACAAUAAGAACAACAACUUCGUAUAAUAAAUGAUUGUGGUAUCAUUUCACGUUAAAUUGUAUUAAGUUUGGUAGCCGCAAUGGUUAAGUCGAGCAAAGCGAAUUCGAAUACGGAGCUAUAGUAAACAGUUAGCCAUUAUGCGCCAACUCAAAACAUUGUGACCAGCAUUCAAUAAAAAAUAUGAAUGGAUUUGCGAAAAAAUUGGUAAUAAUAAUAAAUGUGAUUGCUAACAAGAUAGUGGAGGAGCAUAAAAAAUGAGAAUUAUGCCAUUCAAUUGGAUAGAAGAUAAAUGCUAGCAGGCGCUAAUAUUAAGAGUCCAUGAAAAAAAGAAUCCAAAAGCGAAAUUACAACAUCUCGUGGGUAUACAACGCCAGACGCUGAUGCUCUGAGUGCACAAGCGCAUGCGUUGGCGGAGACCAAGAGAAGGAUACUCGGACUCAGAGUUUAUUGUACAGAAAAUCACUGCUGGAUAUUGCAGCUGAUGGAACAAGUGCGUUUUGUUUUGUGGCACCAAAAAUCGGCAAAAAAAAAUCUGAAUGGCGAUUGCGUUGCAAGUGGCACGUUUUAGGCGCACAUUUACUAGCGAACACACCCGCAUUACGGCUGCAGACGGCGGCGCGCCUGCGCAACCAGCUGACUUUGUGGCAGCCACAAAAACUUUAUGCGCCGACUUAAAACUUGAUUAGCCGAUUUUGGGCGCACCAAAACAAGCAAUAAAAAACCAACAAACAUAUGACAACAGCCAAAACAACAAUAACAACAACAGCAGCUGUAAAACUACAAUUCACUAAGCGCAAAACAACUAAGCGUUAUGCCAUAUUGUACUGCAACAACAACGCAGCUGGAAAAUAUAGAUUUCGCCUUACUAUCAGCACUGGAUGCGUUGGAUCUUUUCGCUAGAAAAUUGUGACACCUUUUGCUUUUAAUUUCGAGUUAUCAUUGGAAAAUUGCUGCUGAUUCUGUGUCAGGUCCUGCGAAAUAUCCAAGAAUAACAAAUCGACAGACGCCAUACCAAAUAAAUAACGUAAAAUUAAACCUAAAUUAUCCUAUAUCAUUUGAUAGAUUUUGAAAGGAGUUUACUGAAAUUGGGUGCAAGAAACAACAAUUUGAAUGUUCUUCCCUUUAUUACAAGUUUAUAAAACAUUUAUUUGUAGUAAGUAUAUGUAUGUAUGUAAUUUAAAAAAAGGCAGACAGAAAAUUUUUUCGUUUUCCAACACUGGAAACACAAACCAAAGAGCGCAAAAUAGCAACCAGGCGACCAUAAAUAGAAGCGGGCAAUUGUUGAUGCUCCUUUUGAUGCUCUUCCUAAUUGUACCUAUUUAUUAUAUGUGUACCUAUUGCCUAUUGGUCAAGCAAUGCUGGCGAUGAGUGGCCUUGAAAGAGCCGAUUGUGCAGAUUAAGAACAAAAAGUAUGUAACAUGCCAAGAACAACUCAACGUUCCGAAUGUCAAGUCAUACUCAAGUACGUUACAACAAAAGGUAAUAAGUUAGAAGGUUAAGCUCUAUGUGGAAUGUCGCGAUAAUGAAGGAAUUGAUUUUAUUAGAGUCAUUUGACUUUUCUUGGUCGCCUGGUAAACAAAAUCUUAAAAUAUAUGGAUUUUGCUUGUUUGUUUGCUUAAAAUUUAUUUGCUGUUGUUUUUUUUUUUUUUCUACUUUUUCAGAGAAAAUAAAUUGCAAAAUGCAAGCGAGUUGGUUUGUUUGUUUUACCAGGCGGACAAAAAUGGGGAGCAAGCGAGGUGCGAUCUUCGAAAAGUGAAUAUUUAAUUAAACAUUGGUUUACAACAAUAAGUAUUAUUUAUACUUACUAAGACCCUAUACAUAUUACCAUAAUGUUCCUAGCAUGUAGGUGUGUUAUAUAUAUAUAAUAGCAAUAAUAUAUAUU